AUGGCAUGGAUUUCUUUCCCAAAUCUGUUGCCUACUUAUCUUUUAAAGGAAUGUUUAUUCUCUUUGGCAUCAGCUGUUGGAACACCUUUACACUUAGGCUUGGCUACUAUCAACAAAGCCAGGCCAAGUUGUGAAAGAGUUAUGGUCCAGGUGGAUUUACUGGAGGAACUACCUAAGAGAGUUCAAAUGGAUAUUGAAGAUGAAGUUAAUGGUACUGUACGAACUGAGUGGGUAAAGAUCCAAUAUGAUUAUAUCCCUAAAUAUUGCAAGGAGUGCAAAUUACAAGGUCAUGAUGAAGAAUCAUGCUGGAGAUUACACCCUGAAUUGUUUGUGGAAUAUGAUAGGGAGAAACAAGGCGGUAAUGCAAGAGAUCAAACUGGAAAAGAAAUUGUUCAUGUUGAUCCAAACAAUGUACAACAAGUGAGAAGUAUUGCAGACAAAGAGAUAGUUCCAGUUGAGGAUGGUAAUAAGCAACAGAAGAAGCAGAAUUUUACCAAUGCAGGAAAGCAGAUUGUGCCAGCCAAUACUCAGGUUCAACAGGUUCAGACUGCUAACAAGUUUGCAGCUUUGGAGAAUGAAGAGAGUGAAGUAGAUGGGGAUAAUCAACAGUCACUAGGGAACACCAAUAAUGUCUCAAGUCCAUCAGCUAAUACUUAG